GGAAAAGUGCUUUUUAAAUCGAACGAUCGUGCAAUUUAAGUGCUUAAUUUUAUCCGUUUUUGAGUGACAUCUCACUGUACACAAGCGGACCGCGACAAGCCAUUCCGCCAUCAUGGAGUUUCGCUUCAACAUGCAUCCCCUGUUCCGGUCGCGGAUUGUACGGAUAAAUAAUUCGCUGUUACCAACCGGCUUCACCGCACAGUCCCGCCGUGUUGCACUUGAUGCUACGGCACAGAUAUCGGAGAUCAUUAACAGUGUCGGUUCAAUGUCGGCCCAGGCACAGGGACUAUCCGUGCCGGUCACGACCGCUCAGAAGCUGCGCAACUCGGACCAUCACAUCUACCUGAUGUUUGAGUCAAACGACCAAAAUGGUCUCGUCGUGGGCAUACUGAAGGUCGGCCGCAAAUCACUGUACGUGUUCGAUCCGACCGGUGAGACGGUGAACGUGACGGCACCCUGUGUGCUGGACUUUUACGUGCACGAAUCGCGCCAACGCGGCGGUCUCGGCCGUGAACUGUUCGAGCAUAUGUUACGCGAGGAAAACAUACAGCCGGAUGAGCUGGCCAUCGAUCGGCCGUCGGAGAAGCUGCUCGGUUUCCUGCAGAAGCAUUACGGGCUGUCGAAGAAAAUUCCACAGAUGAAUAACUUUGUCGUGUACGAAGGCUUCUUUGCGAGCAAGUCCCAUAACUCUUCCGAUAUCGAUGGACGUCGCAUGCACAUCACCGCUAGUCCUAACACGAACCUGUUCGGGCCAACCUUUACAACGACGGAGGAGAGACGUCGAUCCACCUCGCAGACCCGAACCAACGUGGCACCGAUGCCGAUCAUUGCCCAGCCCCCCGUCGGCCGAUAUGCGGCCAAACGGCCAACCUGCAGCAUGGCACAGAUAAUUCACAAUAGCCCAACAGCAGUGUCAACGGAACCGAACAGCACCGCUACUAACACGAAUGCAGCCGCUAAUGGGCACGCUAAUGGUAGCAACGGUCACGAGGAUGACGAUCAUCAGCACCGGUACGAGACGGAUUCGAUCGAUGGUGAGAUGGAGGGUGGUGGUGAGAUGGACCAGCGUUUGGCCGACGAGAUGCAACGCAUCGAACUGCACCACCCGGUCGGAACCGGCCGCGGUACCGGUGGUGGUGAGGAUGGUGAUGAACCACGCACGCACGCACUGGAAGUUAAGUUUGCCGAUCAGCAGCCGGAAACGUUACCGUACGAGGACAUUCCCGAGCCCGGCCCAGACCCGGAUCCGUACGACUUUCAUCCGCACCAUCUCGAGCUGCACGAUGACACGGACGGUGGCGGUUCCCACCGUGAGCAUUCCUUAUCGCCUCAAUCUGUCAGCCAGCAGGCCACACCGGAACAUCCGUCGGGCGGCGGCGACUACGGGAUGAUGGGCGGCAUCGGCAGUGGGCGGAAGCCGGCCCGCUACACCAAGCAGCAUACGGGCUUGAAGAACAUCUCGUUCGGUGUCGGUGCGGCCGUCAUGCCGAGCGGCAAGAUGGAGUUCGAUCAGGAGGAAAACGAAGGCUUUGGGUCGGUGAAGAUCAACCGACCGAUCGGGAAAUCGGGAACGCGUGGCAGUCUGCACGAUGAUAACGAAUCGGUUUACUCGAAUGGCAGCCAGCAGGGUGGUGCUGGUGGUCACUUUGAUUUAAAGUUCUACCACAACAAGCUGUGGUAAGAAGGACAGAGACGAGGGAAGUCAAUCUUCCUCUGUGGCGCAGUUACCAAAGAGAAUAUGCAGAAGAGUGUGGCACCAGAUAGGUUUGAAUUUGAAGCAGAAUGUAGGGAAAGCCUAAAACGAUGGAAAAGAAGUAUUUAGAGCUGCUGAUGCACGAUGGAAGCUUGUUACAACAGACCAUGUACGUUAAUGCUGAAACCAUUGUCCGCUUCUCGAUUGAUUGUUUUACUGUAGGGCUUCCCGCUUUUGCAGCGCGUGUUGACAUGGCGUAACAUUUGUUGAGUUUGUUGUUUGUUGACUUUUGUUUGUCGGUUUGCGACUCCUGUAAGCAAGUUUGGUUUCCAUCCAUACUACUCGUUAGCGUUCAGUAUCGUUAGAUCGCGUGCGUGUGCAUUUUUUUAGUGGGUUUGUUUCUUCUCAUCAUUGCGUUCAACCACUUGUUGCCCAUUUUGCUUUCGUUGCAGCAAUGUGCAGCAGGACUUUCUGAAGGAUUACAUUAUACAUUGAUCGGUCAGCGUCCCUCCCGGGAUGCUAAUAAGUACGAGAAACCCAGAACAGCGCUGUUAGUUCGUAAGAGAAUUAAAAUGAAAAAAAAACAGAAGAGAACGAUGAAUCACUCGUGCUUGGAGUGUAGAGGAACAAAACGUUACCUGCCGAUUAUCCGAUUUCAAACGCACACCACUAAUCGGAACUACAACAUGAUCACAAUUUGCGGGACAGUUCGCGUUCGUACAACAAAUCUUAAAUAUACAAUACAAACAUAAAACAGUCUUAGUGUAAUAUGCGUCUCCAAAACUUACAACAAAGGAUGAAAUGCAUUAGUAUUCGCGUGAGUGGUAGAUCGUCUCAUCCAAAAUCCCCUUUAUGCGUGGUUGUGGCUGAAGCCAUCCCGAGUAGAUCAGCCGCGAUAGUUGUUAGACUGCUCAGAUUCAUGUAGAAAAUAAUAAGCCACAGAAUAGAUGAAAACACUAUCGCGCAUUCCACAGCCCCUGCCGCUUGAUUCCCCCUUAUACAUUUCUCUCUAUUCUAUAU